AUGGCGUUCCGCGAGAAGGUCAAGCGGGUGUUCCGCUCCAAAUCCAAAAAUGAUGGAAAGCCUAAGAUCGAAUAUUACAGACGACAUGAGUGUCCCCCUUCUAAAUUUCGAGGUCCAUUCGACCGUGACCACCAAAAAGCCCUAGCCGCUUGGUCCUUCCAGGGCGCGAUGGUUGAACGGACUCGUUCACUUGAAAUCUCCGUGUCGCCCUGUGCCACAUGUUCCGACGAUUACUCCAGCCCGUCCGACACUGACAACUCGGUAUCGCCGGAUGAUGGAGUCGAUGUCGAUCCAGCCUCCUCCAACCCAGAGGCCCCUGCUGAAUCCUCGCCACGAGCCCCCGAGUCCGGCUCCCAGUCCUCUACCAUCGUCAACCCCUCCAGCUACAAUGGCUCAAUGAUGACCCUUAUAAACGAGGGCUCUAUCUACGAGAUCCCUGAGGAUUCAAAGGAACCCAAGUUCUUCCUCAAGGAGUCCAUCCGCUACUCAUCACCCCUCGUCCGCGCCAUCUCGCCCGCCAUAACCCCGUGCGUCAUGUCCGCCAGAAAGGACCUCCCUUUCGCCCCCGAGGAUCUCACCCGUGCCUUGAUCGCCGUCCAGGUCUGCGCCUGA